AUGCUUCCACGAAUCAUAAAAGCCGAAAAAGAUGAAUUGGCUUUAUACAAACCGAUCUUAGCUUCUUCAGAGAUAUGCAUAUUUGAGAACAUCUUUGAAGGCGAGGCUAUUGCUAACCGAGAGGUGAUCUCUUACAUUCAGAAUCCUUCAAAGUCUAUCAGGAACGCAAAGCUGAAUGUGUAUUUCAACUCUCUAAUACCAAAGCACCACCAGUUUCGAAUUGGGAUUAUUCCCUCAUCAGAUAACUGGAAGAAGAAACUAGAAAUUCAAUUUGAUUGUUCGUCGACACUAAACCAGACACAUGUCUGCCCAACAUCAAUAAUCUCUCCUGCUAUGAUGUUGGAAACAACAGAAGAUUAUUAUUAUUAUUAUUAUGAAAAGUCUGCUCGAUGCCCAGACUAUUUCAAAUUUAUCCAGGAAGAUCUUCGGCCAUGGAAGGAUACAGGGAUCACAAGGGAGAUGGUGGAAAAUGCAAAGAAUAGAGCAGAUUUCCGAUUGGUUAUAGUAAAUGGAAGGAUUUAUGUAGAGAUUUACAAAAGAUCCUUUCAAACAAGGGACUUGUUUACGUGGUGGGGGAUUGUGCAGCUACUGAGGAAAUACCCAGGGAGAUUACCAAACUUGGACCUUAUGUUCAACUGUGGUGAUCUGCCCAAAAUCCGAUCUACCGAAUAUCAGCAACCAAACACCACGACUGCUCCGCCACCCUUGUUUCAAUACUGUGGAGAUGCUACCUCGUUAGCUAUCGUUUUCCCUGACUGGUCCUUCUGGGGUUGGCCAGAGGUUAAUAUAAAGCCAUGGGAACUUCUGUCAGAGGAAUUGAGAGAAGCCAAUGAGAGGAGCAAAUGGAUUGAAAGGAAACCUUAUGCUUUCUGGAGAGGGAAUCCUUUAACAUCCAAAGCCAGAGAAGAGCUGAUGAACUGCAAUUCUACAUACAUUCGAGCUUAUGCCGUGAAUUGGAAAAAUGAGAGUCUACAAGGUUUUAAAGAAUCGGAUUUAAUGAAACAUUGCAGCCACAGAUAUAAGAUUUACAUAGAAGGAGUAGGUUGGUCAGUAAGCCAGAAAUACAUUCUGGCUUGUGAUUCCGUCAGUUUGGUGGUACAGCCAAAUUACUAUGACUUCAUGUCAAGAAUUCUGAUGCCAAUGCAUCACUACUGGCCCAUAAGGAGUAGUGGGAAUGAUAUGUGCAAAGAUAUUAAGGUGGCAAUCGAGUGGGGAAACAGUCACCAUCAAGAGGCACAAGGCAUUGGAAGGACAGGCAGCAAGUUCAUAGAGAAGGAGCUAAAGAUGGAUUAUGUGUACGAUUACAUGUUUAACUUGCUGAAUGAAUAUGGUAAACUGAUGAAGUAUAAGCCCACCAUACCUGAAAAUGCCAGCGAAAUUUGUUCGGAGACAAUGGCUUGCCCUGCAGAAGAUGGGUUGGUUAAGAAAUAUAUGAUGGAUUCUAUGGUUAACGCUACUGCAGAUUCAAGCCCAUGCAUCGUUACUCCUCCCUCUAAUCUCUUGAGGAGUUACCGGUAUUUCUUCUUGUGCUUGACGAGGAGGGGGCACAUCAUCAUUCAAGUUUUCUUCGGUUUCGACAAAGACAUCGGAAGGAGGAGGGAUACCUAUGGUGUGGAAGCUAUUUCGGGUGAUAUGUUGAAAAGACAAGGUAGAUGCCUUUUCACAAUCAAGGAAAAUAUCAAAAGCCCGAAAAAGGCAAGUGAGAAGACGGCGAUAGGAGAGAUUAGUGUGCUUGCGGGGGUGAGCACACGAUUUCAUGUACCUCAUGAUGAAGUAUGGAAGGCAAGUAGGGGUGUUUGUAUAAGCACAAAAGGUGAGAUAGGCUUGUGGUGUGAGACACUUACUUCUAUCUCCUCCCCUAGGGAUGAAAUUGUGUUGGAUGAUGUAAGAGAUGACAUGAGGGAUGAGCUUGAGUCUUCCGGUGACAACGGUUGCCGCAUUUGGAUCAAAUUGCUUGUGGAUGGAGGAAUAGACUUCUUCAUGGUUGAUAAGGUCUCCAAAUUUGGGGUUCUUCGGAGUCUAAAAGAUACAAGGUCCAUCACUUGA